GGGUGUUCGGUGUUGUGAUUCGUCCAUGCUGAAUCACAAAAACGAACGAAAAUGACGAAAACCCCCCGCGCAGGAUUCGUUUUUUAUGCAUUAUCCUAGAAGGUAAUUCUGGUAAUAUGGCUGCGAAAAUGGAGUAAUUGAGGAUUUUCGUGUUGGGAGUAACUAUUUAAGGUGUGGAGUGAGAACGGUUGUUUCUGAAACCGGGAUAUUUCUUUCUGGAUUCCAAAUCCUCCACAAGUUCAAACUUUGAACCCUCCAUGAAAACGUUCACAACGACCUAGGACAAGGAGGUGGAGGAUUCACAGCAUCAUUAGAUAGAAAUAAAACAGAAGGGGAGAAAAACUUGAAUCGCCAUCAGUUUUUGAGUCCACUGAUUUUUUAUUUUCUUUUUCUGAAUCUUGGUGUUGUUGAUCAGGAACCGUAAUGCUAAUCAGUGGGAAGAGACAAGAGUAGGGGGAAGGAUUUAUGUAAGACGUUGGGGUUACAUUCUGAGGUCUGUUUUGUUUUUUGACCACUCUCUCUCUCUCUGAGAAAGAGAAAAAAUAUGAAUGUGGUAGGAAAAGUUGGAAGCUUGAUAUCUCAAGGUGUGUACUCAGUUGCAACCCCUUUUCACCCCUUUGGUGGAGCUGUUGAUGUGAUUGUUGUUCAGCAACAAGAUGGGACAUUUCGGAGUACGCCUUGGUAUGUUCGGUUUGGUAAAUUUCAGGGUGUUCUCAAAGGUGCGGAAAAGUAUGUUAAGAUAAAUGUUAAUGGUGUUGAGGCCAAUUUUCAUAUGUGUCUUGACAACUCAGGGGAGGCUUAUUUCUUGAAGGAGGUGGAUGAUGAUAAAGUGAUCGAUUCAAUUGAGGUUGUUCAAGAUUCCAUUGACAAAAAGAAUGGCUAUUUUGGUAAUGUUCAUAGACUUGAUCAUAGCAUCUCGGAUUCUGGGGUUCUGAAGUUGAAAGAACAGUGCGAUUCCUUAGUUGUGCAUGCGCCUCAAAUUCAAAGGUCAGAAUCUGAUGUUGAUAGAAGAUUUUACGAAUUCCCAGAUGAUCGAUCUUCUUUAGAAGAUUCAGUUGAGUUGUCAGAAUACGACUCUAAUUCAUUCGGGAGCCUAGAGGGAGACAAUUUUGCAGAGUCACAGGGUGCACAUCCAGAGAUGGUCUUGGUGAGUGUUGAUGGUCAUAUAUUAAUGGCCCCUAUCUCAGAAACAGAGCAAACUGAGGAGAAUGUGCACUUAAAAACUCCUCAAUUUCACCUGGGACCAGGUGAAGAGACUGACUUAUGUGAAGGCAAUGGAGAGAUUGGUGAAAAUGCUUGGGCUACUGAUUAUAUUAGUCAGCUAGAUGCUCAAACAACUAAUGUCCAUCCUAGAUGUUGUAACAUUAAUGGUGACGAUAAUACUUUUAAGCACUUACACGAAGUUUGUCAAAGAGAGGAGGCACAUAUUAGUCAGACACAGGAAAACUUAGAGAUUAAAAAUCCGGAGGUGAAAACUGAUUCAGAAGUGGCUGCAUCUGGUAUCAAUAGGGAGAAUGUUUUCAAAAGCUGUUUGGAGCUGCAACAUUUUGGUCAGCAGGCUGGAAAUGCUGCCGAUUUACAAGAUACAGGUUCUCCAUUGGGGAUUCAAAAUUCAGCAGAUCAAUCUAAUGGAAGUUGUUUUGUAGUUAAUGAAGAUGAACAAGGGAGGAUUGUGCAACCUAAAAGCGGCAAUGAGUUAUCACCUCCUGGUUGUUGUAUUUCUUCUAAUGGUUAUGGAUAUCCAAAAUCAGAAUUGGAAAUUCAAGAGGUUGAGAAAAAUGCAUCUGGAGAAAUUGAAAUGGAUCCUGGCUAUCGUUCAGUUACUACCGAAACAGAACAGAAUAAUGAACAUGUUGUCAAGUCAGUGACAAAUAAUACGGGAGAUGAGAGUCAACAAGCCCCUUCACUCAAAGAUGUCAGGGUUACAUGUGAGGUAGUCGAACCUCAAACAGAAACUUCAAAUAAAGGGGAUCAAAGCCACUUGGGUUUGGGAUUUGAGAUUUCACUUUGUGGUCAUGAACUUAAGCUGGGGAUGGGUUCAGUAGCUGCUGCUGAAGUGUUUGAAGCACAUCGCAUAUCUUCAGUUGACUUCACAAGUUCUGCUCCUUCAAUAAUUAAAAAUCCAAAUCUUAUUAUCAAGUUUAAAGAGAGGUACAUGACGUGGGAAAAGGCUUCUCCUCUUGUCCUUGGAAUGGCUGUUUAUGGUUUAGAUUUGCCUGUUGAGCCCAAAGAUACGGUUCCUGUGGAACAGGAUCAAGCAUUGAAGUCUAGGGAUAAUGAUCUAGGAUCAUCUUCGGCUGGGCGCAGAUGGAGACUGUGGCCUAUUCCUUUCCGAAAGGUCAAAACAUUUGACCAUACUAAUAGCAAUACAUCAAAUGAGGAGGUGUUUCUUGAUUCUGAGUCUGGAUCUUUUGCAGACCAAACUCCAACAUCCAGUACCCAGGGAUCUCCUGGAAAGCAAUUUCUAAGAACAAAUGUUCCCACUAAUGAUCAGAUAGCAUCCUUAAACCUCAAAGAUGGUCAAAAUUUGGUAACAUUCAGUUUCUCUACAAGGGUUCUCGGUACACAACAGGUUGAUGCUCAUAUCUAUUUAUGGAAGUGGAAUGCAAGAAUUGUUAUUUCAGACGUUGAUGGAACUAUUACCAAGUCUGAUGUUUUGGGGCAGUUCAUGCCUUUAGUUGGCAAAGAUUGGACGCAAUCUGGAGUGGCCAGGCUUUUCUGUGCCAUUAAGGAAAAUGGAUACCAGCUACUUUUUCUGAGUGCCCGUGCCAUUGUCCAGGCAUAUCUAACUAGAAAUUUCUUGUUCAACCUGAAACAGGAUGGAAAAACAUUACCAAAUGGACCUGUUGUUAUCUCACCUGAUGGAUUAUUUCCCUCACUUUACCGAGAAGUGAUACGAAGGGCACCGCAUGAAUUCAAGAUUGCUUGUUUAGAGGAUAUCAAAAAGCUUUUCCCUUCUGACUAUAACCCAUUCUACGCCGGAUUUGGAAAUAGAGAUACAGAUGAGCUGAGUUACAGAAAGAUUGGCAUCCCGAAGGGCAAAAUAUUUAUUAUUAACCCCAAGGGUGAGGUAGCUAUUAGUCACCGAAUUGGUGCAAAGUCAUAUACAUCAUUACACACCCUUGUGAAUGACAUGUUUCCACCAACUUCUUUGGUCGAGCAGGAGGACUACAACUCAUGGAACUAUUGGAAAACCCCAUUGCCAGAUUUAGAUUAGUUCAUUGCCUAAGAUAUUCAGUUCCUUUUGAUAAGGAUCCAUUGGAAUGGAAGUUGAAACAUCCUAGAUGUCAAGCGAAAACCAGAAAUUCCUCCUACGCAAGACCAUAAUUGAUCGGCGAAUAUCCUUCUAUACUUGUUUCAUGUCCUUGCUGUUCAUUUUGAUCUGCAUUAAAUCCUGAUUCAUUAUAAUCCUCCAAUCAACAGGAAUUGUACAACAUUUGGUUCAGUUGUUAUGCUGUACUACACCUAGUUUACUUUUCAAUUUUCAUUGGGGGUCAUCAGGGAAUAAUGUCAUAGAUGCUUACCAAAGAAGCUUCUCUAGCUCAAAUUGUGGGUUGGGUGGAUGAGGUGUAUAAACACUAAGUAUUUCAUGCCAUGAUAUGGAGCUUUAAGUCUCAAUUCUUAGCCUGAUAUUAAUGUUUAUCUUUAGCUAAGUGCUGAGUUUGGAUUUUCA